GCGGCAACAGUAACAGACCGUAAGAAACUUUACGCCUUAACCGCAACUCCAUACAAUUCUGUGUUUUACAAUAUAGCCUACGCUUGGAUAUACAACGACAUCCAAAGAACUUUUUUUUCAGGAUAUUUUAGAAAGAAAAAAAUUCUCAAUAAUAUGGGAAAAAAUAAUAUCUGCUUUUUGUCUGUUUGGAUAAGUUUGGGAAACAUCUUUGCAACUUUUUCUUCUGACCCUGAACUCACCACCACUGGGUUUGUAAACGCCACAGUCACCGCUUCUCCCCUCCCGACCACUACUGAAUGGAUCACAGACUACACUGACAUUGUGUCCAAGUUCUCCCUGCGCACUGUGGACAUCCCAGAUGAGGACAUGUGCUACAUUGAGCCCGGCAGGCCAGAAACAAUCAAAGAGUGUGAAUUCAACACAGAAACACAGAGCUUCAUUGUGAUACAUGGCUGGACGGUGACCGGGAUGUUUGAGAGCUGGGUGCCCAAACUGGUGUCGGCUCUCUAUGAGCGUGAGCCCAGUGCCAAUGUGAUCGUGGUGGACUGGCUGACCCGUGCCAACCAGCAUUACCCAACCUCUGCAGCCUACACUAAACUAGUUGGCCGCGACGUGGCCAAGUUUGUUACAUGGAUACAAAAAGAGCUGCAGCUGCCCUGGGAGAGGAUUCAUCUCCUCGGAUACAGUCUGGGAGCACAUGUGGCUGGAGUUGCCGGAGACCUUACAGAACAUAAAAUCAGCAGGAUCACAGGUCUGGAUCCCGCUGGUCCCACCUUUGAGAACGCAGACAACCAGAACACCCUAUCCCGAGACGAUGCCCAGUUUGUGGACGUCCUACACACCAACACCAGGGGCUCUCCGGGCCGCAGCAUCGGCAUCCAGAGAGCCGUGGGCGACAUCGACAUUUACCCCAACGGAGGCACUUUCCAGCCAGGUUGCGAUAUCUCAAAUACAUUGAUGGGGAUCGCAUUGGAAGGCAUCAAGGGCCUCCAAAAUAUGGACCAGCUUGUCAAAUGUUCCCACGAGCGCUCGAUCCAUCUGUUCAUCGACUCUCUGCUGAACACCCAGCAGCAGAGCUUGGCCUACCGCUGCAACUCCAGAGAGGCCUUCAACAAGGGUCUGUGCCUCAGCUGCAGGAAGAACCGCUGCAACAAGCUGGGCUACAACAUCAACAAAGUCCGCAUGACCCGCAGCGUCAAGAUGUACCUUAAGACUCGUGAAAUGAUGCCUUACAAAGUUUUCCACUAUCAAGUGAAGGUGCAUUUCUUCAGCAAGGAACCACUGAGCUUUACCGAGCAGCCAAUGAAGAUUUCUCUGUAUGGAACCCAUGGAGAGAAGGAGGACAUUUCCUUUGUCCUGCCGGUCCUGAACGGUAACGCCACUUUGUCCUUCCUCAUCACCACCGAUGUGGACAUUGGAGACUUGAUGAUUGUGAAGCUGCGCUGGGAGAAGGACACAAUCCUCAGCUGGUCAGACUGGUGGGGCAAUACCAAGUUCCAUAUCCGAAAGCUGCGCAUUAAGUCCGGGGAGACCCAGUCCAAGGUGGUCUUCAGCGCAAAGGAUGGAGAGUUUGCCUACCUCGUCAGGGGAGGAGAAGAUGGAGUCUUUGUCAAGUCAAAAGAAGACAAAAUGAACCGUAAAGAGAAAUUGAUGCACAAGAUGAAAAUGCAGGGCAGUCUUUUUGGGCAGAACAGUGCUUGAAGUUGCACUUGAAUACACAUCAUGCACACAGCAUCCAUCUCUACA